GCGAGAAGAGAAAAUGGGUGGCAAAGGAGGCGGAGGCGGAGGUAAAGGAUCAGGUGGUGGAGGAGGCGGAGGAAGUAAAGGAGGAAGAGGUGGAGGAAGUAAAGGAGGAGCAGGAAGUGGAGGUAGUAAAGGCUCUCCAUCUGCUUCUUCUGGAUCAAAAUCAUCUUCUGGUGGAGGGGCCGGGAAAAGCAGCGCCUCCCAUAGCAGCGGUGGUGCUGGUGGAAUGAUGAAAUCCCCAGGAAGGGGUGGCGAACAAAUAUCUAGAGCUGGCUUUGAAAGUAAUCCAAGUGGUUAUUUUCAGGGAAUUCGAAAGUAAUGACUGCUGUACUACAAUGAUCUUACAGCUAUAGGUUCUAGUACUAAGUCGAAACUACGUUUGUCGUGUGUGUUUUUGUUUUGUGUUUGAAUGAGAGCAAGAGAGUUGUGUAAUUAUGUGUGUUUUGCUAGUUAUGUAUAUCAAGAAAGAAUUUGGUUGUCUUUUUUCUUCUUGUUAUACAAGAGUACA